AUGGCCACAACCCUCGCCCACGGCCAUGUCAACGACCAGGCCCUCAAGUCUCCGGACGCCGCCGAGUACCGCAGACGAGUUCACCAUGACGCCGAUGUCGUUAUAGUAGGAGCUGGAAUUUUGGGAUGUGCAUUGGCUGUGGCUUUGGGUGGCCAGGGCCGGAGUGUCCUUCUGCUCGAACAGUCGCUCAAGGAGCCCGACCGCAUUGUCGGCGAACUCUUACAACCCGGAGGUGUCACUGCCCUGGAGCAGCUGGGUCUGCGGGACUGCCUGGAGGGAAUUGAGGGUAUUCCGACUGAAGGAUACUAUGUUACCUACAAGGGCGAUCCUGUCAAAAUUCCAUACCCCAUUCAAAGUCCUGGGGCUCCGCGACCAGAAGGCAAAUCAUUCCACCAUGGACGGUUCGUGAUGAAGCUGCGCGAGGCCGCCAGGGCUUGCCCCAAUGUCACGAUUGUCGAGACCAAGGUUACGGAUCUGGUCACUUGCUCGCAUACCAAGCAGGUUCUUGGAGUGGACUGCGUGACCAAGGAGUCCAAAGAUUGCUACUUCGGUCAAGUAACCGUCGUUGCUGACGGCUACGCCUCCAAAUUUCGGAAACAACAUCACCCUUAUACCCCCAAAGUCCGGUCGAAGUUCUGGGGCCUGGAGCUCAUUGAUGCGCAACUGCCUCAACCACACUAUGGCCAUGUCCUUCUAAACACUAAUAGCCCGCCCGUCCUCGUCUACCAAAUCGGAACACACGAGACCAGAAUCCUUUGCGACAUCCCAGAAAAUCUACCCUCGGCCUCCGUCAAGAAUGGAGGUGUCAAGGGUCAUCUCCGAAACGUUGUCCUGCCGUCUCUCCCUAAAGGUAUCCAGCCUUCAUUCGCGGCCGCGCUAGACAAGGGUCAACUGCGGUCCAUGCCGAAUUCAUUCCUGCCGAGUGCCACAAACAAAACGCCAGGAUUAAUAGUGCUAGGAGAUGCUCUCAACAUGCGGCAUCCGCUUACAGGAGGUGGUAUGACAGUCGCAUUGAACGACGUUGUCAUACUCCGUGACCUGCUCAGCCCGGCGAACGUCCCCAAACUGAGCAACACCGCACUUGUCCUCAAACAACUUUCUGCCUUCCACUGGAGACGCAAGAUGGGUGCAUCAGUCAUCAACAUCCUAGCUCAAGCUCUGUACUCUCUCUUCGCUGCGGAUGAUGACAACCUAAAAGCCCUACAGCGCGGCUGCUUCGAAUAUUUCGCGAUGGGAAUGUAUAACCAGCCCGCCGGUCUCCUCGGUGGGAUGCUCAAGAAACCACAAGUCCUCUUCGCCCACUUCUUCGCAGUCGCCUUCGUCUCCCUCUGGAUGAUCAUCCGCGACUCCCCGUUAUACAAGCUGCCCUUGGCUCUGAUCCGAUGCGUCACCGUCUUCUGGACAGCAUGCGUCGUUAUCUUCCCUUACAUGUUAAUUGAAGCCUUCUGCUAG